AUGGCGAAGAACAAGACGGUCUUGGUGCUGGCCAUCUUUGCUGGGACCCUUAUUGGCGGCGGUUUCGGCUUUCAGUUCUUGGAAGAGCAGCGCCACCAGUACCUGGACGACGCUGUUGAGAAGUUUGAGCGGCGCCGGGCAGAGCUGGAAGCAGAGAAGGCCGCUAAUCAAGCCCUGUUGGACCAGGCCGCCUCAUCAUCUUCUACUUCCAACAACUGA